AUGAGGACCGCCGCCAUCUUUGCCAGCGCGCUCCUGGCCGGCGCAAGGACGGUAGCCAGCCUGGCCCUCCCCGACGACGCCGCCAAGGUCACCGUCGAGGCGCGCCAGCAGCAAUGCUCGGGCCCCGUGGCCAGCAACCCGUCCACUUGGUGGAGGGCCCAGAUCGGCCACAACGGCACGGCGCCCACCAGCACCGACCCGACGUUCCAGUACUACCGGACCGUGGUGCAGUAUGGCGCCGACAACACGGGCGCCGGGGACGCGUCCGACGCCUUCAACUUCGCCAUCAACGCCUGGUCGAGGGAGGGCAACACGGUCACGACCAGGCCGGCCUACAUCUACAUCCCGCCGGGCCGCUACCGCAUCAAGAAGCCCAUCCAGAUGUACGUCUACACCUUCCUGGUCGGCGACCCCCUGAACCCGCCCACCCUGAUCGCGGACCCGGAGCUGGGCGAGCGGCCCGUCAUCAACGGCUACGACCGGUGGCAGGGCGAGGGCAGCCCGACCAAGAACUUCUACAUGACGCUACGGAACUUCAAGGUCGACACCACCGAGAUCGCCACCGACAAGGCCGCCGUCGCCAUCGAGUGGUCCGUCUCGCAGGGCACCAGCUUCAGCAACGUGCACGUCGUCAUGCCCAACUUUUCCAAGCACAUCGGCAUGACCAUGAAGGAGGGCGGGUCGGGCAUCAUCAUCUCCGACUCGGUCUUCGAGGGCGGCGCCGUCGGCAUCCGGCUCAACUCGCAGCAGUACCAGUUCAAGGGCCUCCGGUUCGACCGCUGCACCGUAGGCAUCUCGGUCCAGCACGUGUUUGUAGCUGUGGUGCAGGACGUGUCCUUCAGCAACUGCCAGUACGGCAUCGACAUGGGCGAGGCCGGCAAGACGGGCGCCCUGUCGCUCGUCGACUCGUCGGUCAACUCGUGCCACGCCGCCGUCAACGCCCACGUCAGCGGCAACGGCCAGGGCUCGCUCGUGCUCGACAACCUGCGCGUCGCCGGCGGUUCCGUGGCCGUCGUGGCCGCGGGCGACGGGCGCACGCUGCGCGGGCCGUCGGUGCCCGAGGGCGAGACCUGGGUCAUGGGCAACGCCAACCCGCAGAACUACCAGCCCGGCACGACCUACCCCAUCCGCCGCCCGUCCGCCCUCGUCUCGGGCGGCAAGUACUUCACCAUGGCGAUCCCGCAGUACGAAAAGUACGCGCUCGAUCAGUUCGUCAGCAUCAAAGGCGACCCCGAGUUUAGCGUGGUCGGCGACAACGUCCACGACGACGGGCCCGCCAUCAACGCCAUCCUGAGGAAGCACGCCGGCUGCAAGAUCAUCUUCUUCCCACAGGGCAUCUACCUGACAAAGGAGGCCAUCUACGUCCCGCCCGGCUCGCGCAUAGUCGGCGAGGUCUUCAGCACCAUCUCGGGCUCGGGCCCGCGCUUCGCCGACGCGGCCAACCCCCAGCCCGUCGUCAUGGUCGGCCGGCCCGGCGAGCGCGGCGUCGCGCAGCUGAGCGACCUGCUCGUCUCGGCCGCCGACGUGCUCCCCGGCGCCAUCCUGGCCCAGGUCAACAUGGCGGGCGACCGGCCGGGUGACGUGGGCAUGUGGAACGUCGUCUACCGCGCCGGCGGCUCCGUCGACACGCAGGUCAGCUCCAAGUGCGCCGGCGCCGACCCCAUCGGCUGCAAGGCCGCCUUUGCGCUGCUGCACGUGGCCAAGACGGCGUCGGCCUACUUCGAGGGCGUCUGGGGCUGGGUGGCCGACCACGGGCUCGACCCGAACCUGCCGGCGCAGAACAUCGCCGUCGGCCGCGGCGUGCUGGUCGAGAGCAGCGGCGCCCAGGGCGGCACGUGGCUGGUCGGCACGUCGUUUGAGCACUGCGUCCUGUACCAGUACUCGUACGUCGGCGCCUCCAACGUCUACGCCAGCCUCGAGCAGACCGAGGCGCCGUACUGGCAGGGGCAGGGGACGCCGCGGCGGGCUCCAGGGCCGUGGACCGCCGACUCGAGGUACGGGGACCCGACCUUUGCCAACUGCGCAGCCCAGAACGCCGCCAACAACGACCAGUGCUAUCGCGCAUGGGGCCACCACAUGGUUGGCAGCUCCCAGAUGGUAGUGCACGGCUCGGCGCUCUGGUCCUUCUUCAACAAGAUGAACGACAACGCCUGGCAGGACCCGCAGUGCGAGCGUACGGGCUCGACCUGCCAGCUCAACAUGGCCUACGCCGAGCGCUCGCGCUCCACCUUUUGGUACACGCUCAGCUCAAAGUCCACCACCAACCUCGUCUACGACGACGGCGCCGUCACCGCCUCCCAGUUCAACAACCCAGGAUCCUGGGGCGCCGUCGUCGCCGCCUACCUCCGCCGCUCCGACCUGCCCGGUCUGGGAGCCUAG